AUGGCCUCCCCUCGCGCCCUCUCCCGCUUGGCCAGUCGUGCUCUCGCCCGCCGACCAGCCCUCCAUCAGACCACUCGGCUUUCCGCCCCCACAAUCGCACCCACCUACACCCCGGUCCGUCUAGGAUCCACCCUCCCCCCUCGCUCGGCCGCCUUCACCAAGCCCACCGAGGACCACAUCAAGGCCAUCCGCGCCCUCUUGUCGUCCGACUCUUCCCUCAUCUCUACCAUCGACGGCACUGCCACCGCCGAGGAUCUGCAAAGCUACAACGAUGACUGGAUGAACAAGUACCACGGCAAGGGCCCUAUCGUGGUCAAGCCCAAAUCGACAGAAGAGGUCAGCAAGGUCAUGAAAUACUGCUACGAGAGUAACCUCGCGAUUGUGCCUCAGGGUGGUAACACUGGUCUUGUUGGUGGUUCCAACCCGGUCCACGACGAGAUCAUCUUGAACCUUUCCAACCUCAGCCAAAUUCGAUCCUUCGACCCCGUCUCUGGUAUUCUCGUCGCCGACGCCGGUGUCAUCCUCGAGGCUGCCGACAACCACCUCGCCGAGCAAGGCUUCAUCUUCCCCCUCGACUUGGGCGCCAAGGGCUCGUGUCAUAUCGGCGGCAACGUCGCCACCAACGCCGGUGGCCUGAGGCUGCUGAGAUACGGAAGUUUGCACGGGACUGUGCUUGGUUUGGAGGCGGUCUUGCCGGAUGGUACGAUCUGGAACGGUUUGAGCAAGCUGAGAAAGGACAACACUGGUUUCGACAUCAAGCAGCUCUUCAUCGGGUCUGAGGGUACCAUCGGUAUCAUUACUGCCGUAUCGAUUCUCUGUCCUCGUCGACCGUCAGCGAUGAACGUCGCCGUCUUCUCCUUGCCCUCGUACGAGGCGGUCCAGACCGUUUUCGGUGAAGCCAAGGCGUAUCUCGGUGAAAUACUCUCUGCCUUUGAAUUCUUUGACAAGCAAAGUUAUGCUCUCGUCAAGAAGCACCAGGAGGAGAAUGGCGGUCACCGAAGUGUAUUCGAGCAGGAGGGUGACUUUUACUGUCUGAUCGAGACUGGUGGUUCCAACGCCGAGCACGAUGAGGCUAAACUUACCGAGCUCCUCGAACACCUCCUCUCCAACGACCUCGUCAUGGACGGCGUCCUCGCCCAAGAUACCACCCAAUUCCACUCCAUCUGGGCUCUCCGUGAGCUUGUCCCCGAAUCCGCCGGUAAGGCCGGGUCCGUCUACAAGUACGACGUGUCGGUCCCCGUGGGCAAGAUGUAUGGGUUGGUGGAGAAGAUGAGGACUAGGCUGAGAGAGAAUGGUGUUUUGGAUGGGGAUGGAAAUCCCGAGGGCCCCAUCAGGGCUGUGGCUGGUUACGGGCACAUGGGUGAUGGCAACCUGCACAUCAACAUUGUUGCCAACAAGUAUACCGAUGAGGUGGAGAAGAUCAUUGAGCCUUAUAUCUACGAGAUUGUUUCCGAGUUUGACGGAUCCAUCUCUGCUGAGCACGGUCUCGGUGUGAUGAAGGCUCCUUACGUCCACUACUCCAAGAACGAGACUUCGAUCGCGAUCAUGAAGCAGAUCAAGCAGCUUUUCGACCCCAAGGGUUUGCUCAACCCUUACAAGUACAUCGUCUAG